UUCAUGCAAGUUAAAUGGGAAUAGAUAUAAAAGAAGCUUGUAUGGUAUUUGGUUGGUGAAUGCGAGGCGUUAGUGAUUGAUCGACGAAGAUGCAGUGCUGCGACGGCAACACCGCCGCUGCCCUACAAACCCUUCCCGUAACCAAGGGACUUCUCUCCUCUCUUUCUCCUCUCUCUAAACCCUCGCACACUCAAAUCCCCAGCACCCACACGAGCAAAACAUAUCGAAGCCUCCUCCUCCCUCCUCUCUCUCUCCUCCCCUCACCAAAAGGAAAGACCCGGAAGCCCCAAAAUCUCUUCUCUGGUUGUUAUUGUGCUCUUAUCAAUGUGUCUGAGACUGCAAGAAUAAAGGUUAUUGGCAUUGGUGGCGGCGGCAACAAUGCGGUCAAUAGAAUGAUUGGCAGUGGCCUUCAGGGAGUUGAAUUUUAUGCAGUGAAUACAGAUGCUCAGGCAUUGCUUCUUUCUAAUGCAGAGCACCGGGUUCAAAUUGGAGAACAAUUGACUCGUGGGUUAGGUACUGGUGGGAAUCCAGAGUUGGGUGAGCAGGCUGCUGAGGAAUCAAAGGAUGCUAUCUCUGCAGUUCUUGCCAAUUCCGAUCUAGUGUUUAUUGCAGCUGGGAUGGGAGGUGGUACCGGAUCGGGAGCAGCUCCAGUUGUAGCUCAUUUAUCUAAAGAGGCUGGCUAUCUGACUGUAGGUGUUGUCACUUAUCCAUUUAGUUUUGAAGGUCGUAGAAGGGCUGUUCAGGCAUUGGAGGCAAUUGAGAAACUACAGAAAUGUGUGGACACACUUAUUGUCAUACCGAAUGACAGGUUGCUUGAUGUUGUACCUCCACAGACUCCUCUACAGGAGGCUUUUACUUUUGCUGAUGAUGUACUUCGUCAAGGUGUUCAAGGAAUCUCUGAUAUCAUUACUAUUCCAGGUUUAGUGAACGUGGAUUUUGCUGAUGUAAAGGCUAUAAUGAGGGACUCAGGAACUGCAAUGUUGGGAGUUGGCGUUUCUACUGGUAAAAAUCGUGCUGAAGAAGCAGCACAACAGGCUACUGCAUCACCUUUGAUUGAAAGGUCAAUAGAGCGGGCAACUGGUGUAAUGUACAAUAUCACUGGUGGAAAGGACCUAACGUUGCAAGAAGUAAACAGAGUGUCACAGGUUGUGACAAGUUUGGCUGAUCCGGCAGCAAAUAUCAUCUUUGGAGCUGUAAUUGAUGAUAAAUAUCAUGGAGAAAUCCAUGUGACCAUAAUAGCGACUGGGUUUUCUCAGACAUUUCAGAAAACUCUCUUGACUGAUCCUAGUGGCAAGUCUUCAAUGAUGGGUAAGCAAAACGCAAGAACCGUUGAGAGGCCAUCAUCAGUACUAUCCCCUGGUAAAAAAGCUUUUCUAUGAUCUACCGCAAUGACUCGAUGAGUGAAGCUUGGUUUCUAUUAAUCAAGAGGGAGAAAGAAAAGCGGUUGUGAUGCUUUUCAGAUGUAUUUCCUGUAUAUCUGCAUUUGUUGAUACGAAAAUUUUGGUUGGUGAAUGUACUUGCUAUGUUUAUUCGAUGAAUUUAACGUAGUACAAUGGAUAUAGAA